UCUCACAAACUUUACUUUAGGGCGAAGUACCAGAAGAGUUUAAGAAGAAAUACCCAGAUCAUCUAUUCCUGACUAAACCAGAUUUAGAGACAGGAACCUUCAUUGAUAAACUACCAGAUAAACCCUUGAAUCAGACAAUUGGAACACCCUACAUUAAUAUGGUUUCCUUUUUUUAUGCAGCAGCACAUUGCACCAAGGUUAAAGGCUCUGGAACCCUGUCUCUUGACACAAAAGAUCUCCUAGAAGAGGCAACAAGAAAGUUGAUUGGUGGGAAAGAGACUAACUCCAUCGGAACAGGUGCAGAGUCCUUAAUGCCCUCAAUCCUUGCUCAUGAUGAUAGUGGGGGAGAAAAAAGUAAGAAUGAAGACUAUACAUUCGAAGAUGUGAAGAAAGCAGGAGGUGCUGUUGGGUCUGUCCCCAGUUUGAUGUUCUGGACCCCAGACCAGAGAAAGAUAUUGUUUGAACAUCAUCCUAGAAGCGUCAUCUACGGACAAUUUGGUACUGGGAAGACGUUGUUGUUAACCGAGAAAAUAAAAAGGAUGAUACGGAGUAUUAUUGAUGAUCAGGACAAGCAGGAUCCUGUUGGUAGUGGAAGUGCUGACAAAAAAGUAGAAGUUCAUUCCACUGAAAAUGAGGUAUAAUCCAAAAUU